UGAAUGUAACAGUGACAUGCCCUGAACUCAUUCCCCGUUGUAAACUGCAAAUGUGGUAUAAUCCCGUCUUUCACUGUCGGUAACAAGCGCAUGGAGGAAUCUGAGCGAUCUCAUCUGCCCAGCACUACGCCGCAAGCACUUGGGAUAACGGCACAAGGAACGCCUGCAGAUCCUACUGGGCCGAGCAAUCCUUGUCAUGAACCCGCAGACUACAAGGAUAGGUGUUGGAGCGUGCCGAUAGCGAUGGCAGCUGCUGCAUUCUUUCUGCUCUUGCCGCAGUCAUGCUUCGGUAUAAUCUUCGUGCAAUUCAUGGACAAAUUCAGCGUUAACAGGCAGUGGGCUUCGUGGCCUCAGAAUGUGGCCGCCAUGACGGCACAUUUAGCAGGUACACUUGCUUUUAUUCUAGAGCGCUUCCUGAGUACCUAUCAGGUUGUUGUCGUAAGCGCCAUACUCACGUCGCUGGCGCUAAUUGGCUCUGCUUUUUCCCCUGACAUGGCUUGGAUGACCGUCACGUUCGGUGUUCUUCAAGGCUUCGGAUACGGACUCUUCAUUAUUACUUCCACGGUGUAUACCCUGCCGUAUUUCGACAAGUACCAGGCCUUCGCAAGUUCUAUGAAGUUCGGAACCUGGGGACUGGCGGGAGUCAUCGGCCCGUUUAUUUUGUCGCGACUCGUGGACACGUUCGGCCUGAACGGGGCGCUGCUGAUGUUAGGAGCACUCAAUUUGCAAACAUUGCCGAUUAUAAUGUUGGCCAAGAACCCAUCGCCACUCCACAUCUGGGGGCUGAAAUCUCACACCGACAGCGCUCCAUGUGACGGGCAACCUCACGAUCCGGUCACCUCAAGCGGCUCGAGGACCUCCAGUAACAUGCGGCCGCCAUGCCAGAAAGUCAGCGAUGUGCCAACGCCGUGCGACAACUUCAGUGCUUCGAUAAGUCAAGCACUUCGGCUAUUCAGAAUUCCAGGGUUCUACGUCUUCCUGGUGGCGGCCGUGGUAGGGGACUACGCUGCAGUUCAAUUUGGCACGACCGUCGUCGACCACGGCUUAGACAAAGGCAUCGCACUAACCAAGGCCCAACUACUGACAACGUUUCUAUUCUCGGGAGAACUACUCGGGCGACUUCUGCUGCCACUUUUGGCGGACGUCUUGGUAGUCAGCCACCGUGCACUAUAUGCGUUUAGUUUCUUGUGCAUGUUCGCUUGCAUGACCGCAGCACCUCACGUGUCAAGCUUUCUAGGCGUUGUCGCACUGUGCCUAUGUGAAGGUGUCGCACAGGGGUACGGCAUAUGUAUGAAGUACGUACUUCUCGCCGACAUUCUUGGCGUCGAAAGCGUGGCAGUGUCCUUCGGUGUAUUUGGAAUCGCCGCGGUACCACUUUCGAUCGUCAGCCCUAGAAUAAUAGGCGUCUUCCGUGAUGCAGGAGGGUCAUACGACGGAUUUUAUCGAAUGCUGGGAGCCGUCAACUUAGCGACCGCUUUCCUGUUUGGCACGUUUGCUUUGUGGUACCGAUUUCGAAGAAAAGCCGAGGACAGUAUUGGUGACCCUGUCGUUUGUCCCAUGGAGCGUUUCUAGGUGUUUCAGCCGAGGACAAAUAUACGAUAUUGUUUCUCACAUGGCUAUAUUAUGGCAUGUU